AUGUCUAAGAAAGGCCGGAGCAAGGGCGAGAAGCCUGAGAUGGAGGUGGACGCAGUGCAGAUGGCCAAUGAGGAGCUGCGGGCCAAGUUGACCAGCGUUCAGAUCGAGUUCCAGCAGGAAAAGAGCAAGGUGGGCAAACUGCGCGAGCGGCUGCAGGAGGCCAAGCUGGAGCGCGAGCAGGAGCAGCGGCGACACACGGCCUACAUCUCGGAGCUCAGGGCCAAGCUGCACGAGGAGAAGACCAAGGAGCUGCAGGCACUGCGCGAGGUGCUCAUCCGCCAGCACGAGCAGGAGGCAGCGCGCACGGCCAAGAUCAAGGAGGGCGAGCUGCAGCGGCUGCAGGCCACGCUGAACGUGCUGCGCGAUGGUGCAGCCGACAAGGUCAAGACGGCGCUGCUGGCCGAGGCGCGUGAAGAGGCGCGCAGGGCCUUCGACGGCGAGCGCCUGCGGCUGCAGCAGGAGAUCCUGGAGCUCAAGGCGGCACGCAAGCAGGCGGAGGAGGCACUCAGCAACUGCAUGCAGGCCGACAAGGCCAAGGCGGCAGACCUGCGCGCUGCCUACCAGGCGCACCAGGACGAGGUGCACCGCAUCAAGCGCGAGUGCGAGCGUGACAUCCGCCGGCUGAUGGAUGAGAUCAAGGGAAAAGAUCGUGUGAUUCUGGCCUUGGAGAAGGAACUCGGUGUGCAGACUGGGCAGACCCAGAAGCUGCUUCUUCAGAAAGAGGCUUUGGAUGAGCAGUUGGUUCAGGUCAGAGAGGCUGAGCGGUACCACGGUAGUCCAAAGAGAGAGCUCCCACCUGGCAUAGGGGACAUGACCGAGCUCAUGGGUGUCCAGGAUCAGCAUAUGGACGAGCGAGAUGUGCGGCGAUUUCAGCUAAAAAUUGCUGAACUGAAUUCGGUGAUACGGAAGCUGGAAGACAGAAAUACCCUCUUGGCAGACGAGAGGAAUGAACUGCUGAAACGCUCCCGUGAGACCGAGGUCCAGCUGAAGCCCCUGGUGGAGAAGAACAAGCGAAUGAACAAGAAGAACGAGGACUUGCUGCAGAGCAUCCAGAGGAUGGAGGAGAAGAUCAAGAAUCUCACGCGGGAAAACGUGGAGAUGAAAGAGAAGCUGUCGGCACAGGCGUCCCUGAAGAGGCACACUUCCUUGAAUGACCUCAGUUUGACGAGGGACGAGCAGGAAAUCGAGUUCCUGCGCCUGCAGGUGCUGGAGCAGCAGCAUGUCAUCGACGAUCUCUCGCUGGAGAGAGAACGGCUCUUGCGCUCCAGAAGACAUCGUGGGAAGGGCCUGAAGCCACCCAAGAAGCAUGUUGUGGAGACAUUUUUUGGAUUUGACGAGGAGUCUGUGGACUCGGAAACAUUGUCAGAGACGUCCUGCAACACAGACAGGACGGACAGGGCUCCGGCCACGCCCGAGGAGGACUUGGACGACACUACAACCCGAGAAGAGGCUGACCUGAGGUUCUGCCAGCUGACCAGGGAGUACCAGGCCCUGCAGCGAGCCUACGCCCUCCUUCAGGAGCAGGUGGGGGGGACGCUGGACGCCGAGCGAGAGGCCCGGACUCGGGAACAGCUCCAAGCUGAUCUGCUGAGGUGUCAGGCCAAAAUCGAAGAUCUGGAGAAGUUACUGGUUGAGAAGGGACAGGAUUCCAAAUGGGUGGAAGAGAAGCAGCUGCUCAUCAGGACAAACCAAGACCUGCUGGAAAAGAUUUACAGGCUGGAAAUGGAAGAGAACCAGCUGAAGAACGAAAUGCAAGACGCGAAGGAUCAGAAUGAGCUGUUAGAGUUCAGAGUGCUAGAGCUCGAAGAGAGAGAGCGGAGGUCGCCAGCAUUUAACCUCCAAAUCAGCACCUUCCCCGAGAACAACAGCAGCGCCCUCCAGCUGUUCUGUCACCAGGAAGGAGUUAAGGAUGUGAAUAUUUCUGAACUUAUGAAGAAAUUAGAUAUCCUUGGCGAUAAUGGGAAUUUGAGAAAUGAAGAACAGGUUGCAAUAAUCCAGGCUGGAACUGUGCUUGCCCUGUGUGAAAAGUGGCUGAAGCAAAUAGAGGGAACGGAGGCGGCCCUGACCCAGAAGAUGCUAGACUUGGAGAAAGAGAAGGACCUAUUCAGCAGGCAGAAGGGCUACCUGGAGGAGGAGCUAGACUACCGGAAGCAAGCCCUCGACCAGGCUUACCUGAAAAUCCAGGAGCUGGAGGCCACGCUGUACGAUGCACUGCAGCAGGAGCCGGGGCGGCGGGCCAGCGAGGCGCUGAGCGAGGGCCAGCGGGAGGACCUGCAGGCCGCCGUGGAGAAGCUGCGCAGGCAGAUCCUGCGGCAGAGCCGGGAGUUUGACAGCCAGAUCCUGCGGGAGCGCAUGGAGCUGCUGCAGCAGGCCCAGCAGAGAAUCCGAGAAUUGGAGGAUAAACUGGAGGUCCAGAAGCGACAUCUGAAAGAGCUGGAGGAAAAGUUUUUGUUCCUUUUUUUGUUUUUCUCACUAGCAUUCAUUCUGUGGCCUUGA